AUGGUUCGAUGGACGCUCACGCUUCGGUUUUGGGUCUCGCUGUUGAUGAUCAGUUCCGGACGAUGGAUUGGAAUGGAUGCGAGUCGAGUGACUAUGACCCAAUCCGGUUACAAUAACUUGGUGGUGGCCAUCAGUUCGAAAACGCCCGCGAGUCAAUCGACAAUUAUCAUCGACAACAUUAAGAAAAUGAUAUCGGAAGCUUCUCCGGUGCUCUACGUGGCGACCGAGAAUCGAGCUUACUUCCAAAGUGUCCACAUUUUAAUUCCAGCCGAAUGGGACCACGACAAGGCUAGUCCCAGCACUUGGGAAACGUUCAACACGGCUGACGUCAUCGUGGACACACCCAAUCCCAUGCGCAAAGAUCUGCCCUACACGGAACACAACGGCAAAUGCGGCGAAACUGGUCAGAGAAUUCACUUCACUCCGGACUACGUGGCCACUCUCUCGGAAGGCAAGAACAAUAUUCAAUACGGAGACCCAGGCAAAGUCUUCGUUCACGAAUGGGCCCAUUAUCGCUACGGCAUUUUCGACGAGUAUGGAAUGGCUGGCGGAAAGUAUCCGCUCUUCUACCGCCAAUCGGGCUCUUCCUUAAUCGAGCCCAACAUCUGCGCUAAUUACCCGACCAUGUUCAGCGAGUAUGACAUUAGAACCAACACUGCACCCUGUCAGCCCGAUCCGGCCACAAACCUUUACGACGACAAUUGUCGAUUUAAGUUGGACCGAGAUUUUUUGCCGGAAACUUCGCUGGCUUCCUAUCACCAAAUUAAAUCAGUGGUUCAUUUUUGCAAGGACGACCAAGCGCAUCCGCACAGGAUGGGCACUCAAAACGAGCACAAUGACAAGUGCAACGGGGAGAGCACCUGGACGGUCAUCAUGCGGAGCCCCGACUUUGCGGAUGUAAAAAAGGAUAAAAAUACUCCACUCAAUCCACUGCUGCCGACGGUAUUCCGGAUCGUCAAAGGGACCGUUUCGCGUUUCGUUGUCGUCAUGGACGUUUCCGGCAGCAUGAAAGAAUACAACCGGAUUGGAAAAUUGGACGAGUCCGUCCGCGCCUGGAUCAAAACUGAUUUCCCAAGCGGAAAUCAAUUGGGAAUGGUCCAGUUCAGUUCGAAUGCUGAAAUUUUAAGUGACCUGCGAAUGAUUGCAGACGAGAAUUCACUUCCUGGAAGAAUUGAUGAUGUGCAGACGGAUAAAAUUGUGGUGGAGGCAAUCUACGAAUAG